AUGUUUUUUUUUAUUACUUCCAGUAUAAUGGGCAAAGACGACAAAGAAGACUCCGGCUUUGGCUUCAAAGACAAGGCGAAGGCCGAAGAAACAUUGAGACUGCUGGAGCAACAUGAUCCAAACUACAGGAGGCUGACAGUCAGAGGGCUGUUGGGGAGGGCGAAGAGGGUUUUAUCGAUGACAAAAGCAGAAGAUAAAAUUAAGAACAUAAAAGAAGCAAUGCAAGUCUUUGAAGACUGGCUCGCGGAGUUGGAGAAAAAUAAAGAAAAGAAGCCGGAUAAGAAGGAACCAAAGAAAAAAGAAGAAGAUAAAGCUAAUAAAGAAGCUGAUGACAAAGAUGAGAAUUCGAGUUCAGAUACCGAAAUGGCGGAAAUUCCCGAAGAGAAGAAGGAACUACCAGCGGAGACUGUCCCGGGACUUGGAUUUAAAAAUAAAGACGCUGCAACGAAUACGCUUAAAGAAUUAGAAGGACGGGAUCCGGACUAUCAGAAGCUGGCUGUGAAAGGGUUGAUCGGGAGAGCGAAGAGGGUUUUGACCUGCACACGUGACGAAGCGAAACUCUCUAAUAUUAAGGAAGCGAUCUCAGUCUUCGACCAGUUUCUUGACGAUUUCGACACGAUGCAUCUAAGUAAACAGAACAACCCCUACAUCAGCCUCGGCAUCGUCAGGACCUGCGUGAAGUUAGCUGGCGAUAGCGUCACUGAGCAGCAGAAAUCAUUUGUCGCUGCAUAUACAUCUGUCAAUGGCGAGUACAAGCGCCUGCGCACCGUCGCGAGUGACGGCGGGAAGACGUGGGACAUCGUCAGAAACGAGGCUCUGAAGGAGUUGAAGGAGAAGCAUUCCGAUGCAAAACUCUUCGACGACAAAGACGAGCCGACGGCUGAACACUUGGAGAUGCUGCUGUGGGCGUAUUCGCCUGAAGCGGCGCGAGUUAAGAAAGUCAUAUCGGAAACAAAUGAAAGCAAAGAGGUCAACGACCGGAAACGAAAGAGCAGUGCAGAUGAUGAAUCUCCAAGCAAGAAGAAGAAGGAAUGAUCUUGUAACACAGAAUUGUAAUUGUUAAGCAUUUAUCGGUUUAUUAAUAAAUAUAUACAAAUAUA